ACAUAGAUCUGUACAAGGACAUCAUGAUGGAGGAUCACCGGCCCCUCACACCACCAGUUGAGGAAGAGAGAAGAACACCGGAGAGAUGUCCCAGUCCUCUUCUUUUACAGGAUGGUUCAGAAGAACAUCACCAUGUCCCACAGGAUGAUCAGCUUUUAAAAAAUAUUAAGGCUGCAGAGACAGAUGUAAGGGGUGAUGAGCAAAGUAUAGAGGACAUUCCUACAGAUAACAGCCCAGAUAACUGUACCAGGAGCUCAAAGGAACAUCUUAUAUCUUCAGAUCUUAAAGCAGAUGAUCAUGCAUUUACACAGGAUACAUGUAAAGAACAUGCCAGCAUCCAAGAUGUACCCUCAGCCCUUCACAGCAAAGAACCAUCAUCUAAUAUUUUUCACUGGGUCUUAUCAUUUGAUUUAUCAAAGUCUGUUAAUAAUGGAAAAGCUCACAUAGGGAAGAAGCCGUAUUCAUGUUCAGAAUGUGGUAAAUGUUUUAAAGAUACAUCAAAUCUUCUUAUUCAUCAGAGAAAGCACAUGGGGUUAAAUCCAUAUUUAUGUUCAGAAUGUGGAAAGUCUUUUAAACAGAAAUCAGGUCUUGUUAUACAUCAGAGAAUUCACACAGGAGAGAAGCCAUUUCCAUGUUCAGAAUGUGGAAAACGUUUUAAAGACCGAUCACAUCUUGUUGUACAUCACAGAAUUCACACAGGGGUGAAGCCAUUUCCAUGUCCAGAAUGUGAGAAACGCUUUAACACUAAAUCAAAUCUGGUUGACCAUCAGAAAUCUCACACAAGAGCGAAAUCUCUUUCAUGCUCCGAAUGCGGGGAGCGUUUUACUCAGAAAUUACGUCUUGUUGCCCAUCAAAAAACUCACACAGGGGAGAAGCCGUAUUCAUGUUCAGAAUGUGGGCAAUGUUUUAAGCAGAAUUCAGAUCUUGUUGAACAUCAAAGAAUUCACACAGGGGAGAAGCCAUAUUCAUGUUUAGAAUGUGGAAAAUGUUUUCCUAAAAAAUCAGGUCUUGUUGAUCAUCAAAAAACUCACACGGUGGAGAAGCCAAAAUCAUAUUGAAAAUAUGAAAACCCAGAAAUCGGAUCUUGUUAAACAUCUGAGAAGUCACAAAGGGGAUAAUUUAUUUUGAUGUACCAAAUGUGGAAGGUGUUGUAACGAAAAGUUAUCUCGAACUGCACAUUUAAAGACUCACAAACCAGGUCAUAAAUAUCAAAGAUCUCACAUGUGGAGGUGGCCAUUUUGUAAUUUUUUUGACAAACUGAAGAAAAAUUAUAACCGAUCCAGGUAAAGUCACAUGACAUACAAGAGAUAAGAAAGCAAUUAACACCACUGUAUGAUAAUAACGAAAUGUAUAUACUUAAAGAGGACCUUUCAUCUGGCAAAACAU